CUUUUUAGUAAUUUCUCCAAAAAGGUCUCUAAUUCCGUACCCUCAUAUAGAGCGCACGCCGGAACUCCGAUCUUUCUCCUUUACAGUUUACACAGUUUCCCAAUUCUCGAUUUCGAACCCGCAACUCUCUGCUCGAAUAGACCUUUAGCUGUUGAAAUGGCGUCAACAGCUGGAGCCACAGGAUGGUUGAGGGGAAGAGUGAAGGCUGUUCCCUCUGGUGACAGCUUGGUAAUAAUGGGAAGUACCAAGGCUGAAAUACCCCCAGAAAAGACAAUCACUUUGUCAUCUUUAAUUGCACCAAGAUUGGCACGUCGUGGUGGUACGGAUGAGCCUUUUGCAUGGGAAAGCAGGGAGUUUUUAAGGAAACUUUGCAUUGGAAAGGAGGUCACUUUCAAAGUUGAAUACACUGUACCAUCCAUAGGGCGAGAGUUUGGCUCUGUUUUCCUUGGCGAUAAGAACGUUGCAGUGUUAGUUGUUGCUGAAGGCUGGGCAAGGGUUAGAGAGCAGGGUCAACAGAAGGGAGAAGCUAGCCCCUUCUUACAAGAACUACUACGCCUUGAAGAAAAUGCCAAACAACAAGGUCUAGGUCGUUGGAACAGGGAGCCUGGUGCUCAAGAUGCAUCCGUCAGGAAGCUACCUCCCUCUGCCAUUGGUGAUUCUAGUAACUUUGAUGCAAUGGGUCUCUUGGAUGCAAACAAAGGGAAACCCAUGCAAGCUAUUGUUGAGCAGAUUCGUGAUGGAAGCACACUCCGUGUGUAUUUACUUCCAGACUUCCAGUUUGUCCAAGUUUUUGUUGCUGGAAUUCAGUCACCUUCCAUGGGAAGAAGGGCAACAGUUGAGACUCCUGUUGAAACUGAAAUAACCCCUAGCGAAGCAAAUGGAGAUUCGUCGGCUGAUCCUCGUGCACCUCUAACCUCAGCACAGAGACUUGCAGCUUCUACAGCAUCCAUAACAGAAGUUGCACCUGAUCCAUAUGGCAGAGAAGCCAAACAUUUCACUGAAAUUCGCGUUUUAAAUAGAGAUGUUAGAAUUGUUCUCGAGGGUGUUGAUAAAUUUAGCAAUCUCAUUGGUUCAGUCUACUAUUCUGAUGGUGGUGAAUCACCAAAGGACCUUGGCUUGGAGCUUGUAGAAAUUGGUUUUGCCAAAUAUGUAGAAUGGAGUGCAAGCAUGCUGGAAGAAGAUGUUAAAAGGCGGUUGAAAAAUGCAGAACUUGAAGCAAAGAAAAACCGCUUAAAAAUUUGGACAAAUUAUGUACCUCCAGCUACAAACUCAAAGGCUAUUCAUGACCAGAAUUUCACAGGAAAAGUGGUUGAGGUUGUAAGUGGAGAUUGCGUUAUUGUAGCCGAUGAUUCUUUGCCAUUUGGAGAUCCAUCUGCUGAGAGAAGAGUUAAUCUCUCGAGUAUUAGGGCUCCCAAAAUAGGGAAUCCUCGUAGAGACGAAAAACCUGCCCCCUAUGCUAGGGAAGCAAAGGAAUUCUUGAGAACACGGCUUAUUGGGAAACAAGUGCAUGUUUCAAUGGAGUACUCCAGGAAGGUUAGCCUGGCAGAUGGUACUGUUCCGGCAGCUAGUGGUGCUGAUAGGGUCAUGGAUUUUGGAUCUGUCUUUGUAGUAUCUAAGGAUGGAGACAAUGCUUCACUUGCUCCAUCUGCUGCAAGUAAUCAGCAGAAUGGGUUGAAUGUAGCUGAGCUUUUGGUUGCUCGUGGCUUAGCAACUGUUAUCAGGCAUCGUGAUUUUGAGGAAAGAUCAAACUGUUAUGAUUCUCUUCUUUCUGCUGAAUCACGUGCUAUUGCUGGAAAGAAGGGUAUGCACUCUCCAAAGGAUUCUCCAGCUGUACACGUAACAGACUUGACAACAGCUUCUGUAAAGAAAGCCAGGGAUUUCUUACCUUUCCUGCAAAGGAACAGAAGGAUGUCUGCUGUUGUGGAAUAUGUUCUUAGUGGUCAUCGAUUUAAAUUGUUCAUUCCUAAGGAAACAUGCAGCAUUGCUUUCUCCUUCUCUGGUGUUAGAUGCCCUGGUCGGGGAGAGCCAUAUUCGGAGGAAGCCAUUGCGCUAAUGAGGCGGAAGAUAAUGCAGAGGGAUGUUGAGAUUGAAAUAGAAAAUGUUGAUAGAACUGGUACUUUCUUGGGCACAUUAUGGGAGUCAAGAACAAAUGCUGCCGUGGCACUUCUUGAAGCUGGCUUGGCAAGACUAUCUUCUUUUGGCUCGAUCCCAGAUGCUCACCUUCUUGCUCAGGCAGAGCAAUCUGCCAAAAAGCAGAAGCUGAAGAUAUGGGCAAACUAUGUUGAGGGAGAGGAAGUUCCCACUGGCCCUGUUUCUGAGAGGAGGCAAAAAGAAGAGUUGAAGGUAGUUGUCACUGAAGUUUUGGGAGGUGGUAAAUUCUAUGUCCAGUCUGUUGCAGAUCAGAAAGUGGCAUCUAUUCAGAAACAGCUUGCUUCUUUGAACCUUCAGGAGGCUCCUGUAAUUGGUGCUUUUAAUCCUAAGAAGGGUGAUAUUGUGCUUGCACAGUUUAGUGCAGAUAAUUCAUGGAACCGAGCAAUGAUUGUGAAUGGCCCUCGAGGUGCUGUUCAAUCUCCAACCGACGAGUUCGAAGUGUUUUACAUAGACUACGGAAAUCAAGAAGCCGUUCCAUACAGUAAACUGCGCCCCAUUGAUGGUUCGGUGUCCUCUGCUCCCGGUGUUGCUCAGCUAUGUAGUCUCGCCUUUGUCAAGGUACCUGGACUGGAGGAUGAUUAUGGACAAGAGGCUGCAUUUCAUCUGAGUGAACUUCUUCUCAAUUCUACGAAAGAAUUUAGGGCGGUGGUCGAGGAAAAGGAUACUUCGGGAGGAAAAGUCAAGGGACAAGGAACGGGGACUGUCUUCAUGGUUAUACUGGUCGAUCCAGAAACUAAUGUCAGCAUUAACUCCAUUAUGCUGAAGGAAGGACUUGCUAGGCAGGAGAAACGAUGGAUUCCAAAACAAGUCCUCGAGGAGUUGGAAAAAUCCCAAACUGAAGCAAGAGAAAAGAGGCGUGGGAUGUGGGAGUAUGGAGAUAUCGAGUCAGACGAUGAGGAAUCUGCGCCCCCUCUCAGGAAAGCCGCAGCUGGGAAGCGCUGAGCAAAAAGGUUUUUGGGUACCCCAACUUCACUCAUCUAGAGUGAGGAGUUUCUUUCUGCUAAACUAAAAGAGUCUUAAGUAGUUUCUUUGAAUUGAUUUUUUUUUGGUGUAAUUUAGAAAGGACUUUGGGAGUUUGAGGGGUGUGUUGAGAGAAAUUUUGUCUUCCUUUUUAAAAUUUUUAAAUUUUUUAAAUUAUAGAACUUUUUAAUAAGUGUUUGUGGAGGAGAUAACAGAAGAAUCUUUGUCUAACUUUGUUUCAUUUCAUUGUUCAAUAUCCCAAUGCUUUUCUAUAGUCA